AUGAUCGGUCGAAUGGCGAGGAUACGCGUAUUAACAUUGCUAUUCUCGUGUUUGUUAAUUAUCGUGUCACUGGACGCGAUUACACGAUUCGACGAGCAGCUGAAUUUUCGAAGGAUCGACGAAACAGCAGCGUCGUCGUUGCUCGAUUUCAAAGAUAAGAGAAGCACGACGAGUCAGCGUGGUUUAAAUGCCAGUUUAAGGAACGUCGAGAAAACUUUCAAGAAGAAAGCAGCUACGUUGUCGCGAUUGUUGAAAAUUCACAUCGAUUAUCUGAGGAACGAUACCGACCGGGUGGAACUGGUGUUUCUCGUUGACGCUUCGGGAUCGGUGGGCUUGAAAAAUUUCCAAAGCGAACUGAAUUUCGUGAAGAACCUACUCUCCGAUUUCUCUGUGGAACCCUCUGCAACCAGAGUCGCGAUUGUAACGUUCGGUGGUAAAAGAAACAUUAGACGGAAUGUCGAUCAGAUAUCUCGCGUUGGUGAGAACGACAACAAGUGUUAUUUGCUGAACAGGCAGUUGAACAAUAUUAAUUACACUGGUGGAGGAACGUACACUCGAGGUGCCCUUCUCGAAGCUCUUAUGAUACUCGAGAAGGGUCGAUCAGACGCUAAGAAAGCAGUGUUCCUAAUAACUGACGGAUUCAGCAAUGGCGGCGAUCCACGGCCUGCAGCGAAUCUAUUGAAAGACGCGGGUGCAACGAUAUUCACGUUUGGAAUAAGAACAGGAAACGUCGACGAGCUACACAACAUAGCUACAUUCCCUGGAUACACGCACAGCUAUUUUCUCGAUAGUUUCGCGGAAUUCGAGGCUUUCGUGCGACGAGCUUUGCACCGUGAUUUGAAAACGGGCAAAUACAUGCCAGUGACGUUUCCAGAUAAUUGCAAUCUCUUAUGCAGAAAUAUCAGCGAAGUCGGAAACGAGUGGAAUUGCUGCGAUAAUUUCGCGACGUGCGCCUGCGGCACCGCAACUGGUCAUUAUGCUUGCAUUUGUCCCACCGGGUAUUUUGGCUCCGGUUUCAAUGGCUCUUGUCAUCCUUGUCCAAAUGGUACCUACGCAUCUGGAGAAAUUUCCGGUGAUUUCACGUCCAUGUGCAUAUCCUGUCCCGACGUGAAUCACGUGACCAUUAAAGUACCUGCAACUUCCGUGGAGCAUUGCGUUUGCGCUUCCGGAUUCACCACAGACCGGAAUAAAUGCGAGGUUAUAACUUGUCCAAGAUUAAGGGUGCCGGACAAUGGAUAUUUGGUAAAAGCUAGCGCGUGCAGCAACGUUGUGCACGCAGCGUGUGGCAUACGAUGCAGGAUCGGUUUCUAUCUGACUGGCGACAGUAUUCGUCUCUGUGGAAAAGACGGUAAUUGGUCCGGGAACGAACCGAGAUGUUUAUUGAAGACAUGCCCUCCGCUUCGAGCACCUGCCCACGGUCGAAUGCGCUGUCAAAACGAGGAGGAUGAGUAUUUGAUUACAGAAAAUUCGACAGCGUAUCCAAUCGACGCACGAUGUCAGUUCAAAUGUGAAACUGGAUAUCAACUUCGUGGAAGUAAAUUUCGCAACUGUUUGCCGCUGUCGCAAUGGGACGGUCUUAAAGCUACGUGUAAAGCAAUCAGAUGUGAACCUUUGAAGAAAGUUUCUCACGGUGAAGUUUCCCCUGAAAUUUGCUCUGGUCCUGAAAAAGUGCCAUUCGCAACAAACUGUACAAUAAGAUGCAGGAACGGUUUUGUACUUGAGGGACCGCGUACCAAAUUUUGUGGCGGUCGUUCUGGAGUCUGGUCACAACGUCGAACUAUCAAUCGGUGUAUAGACGAAACACCACCUUUAGUCACGUGUCCAUCGGACAUUAUUACGGAAAAUUUACCGGGGAAGAAUUAUGCGUACGUUAAUUGGACGACACCAGUGGCGAGUGACAAUGCAGAUGAAUUGCCCACGUUAUGGAGCAAACCGUACGUUAAUUUUCCAUGGAGGGUGAAAAUUGGUACACGUACAGUAGUGUACGUGGCGCAAGAUUCGUCUGGGAAUAAAGCUAGAUGUAAAUUUAAAGUGAAAGUCCUUGACACAGAAUCACCAAUGAUCGAGAAUUGCAUAAAUCCUCCGACACUCUUCACCGACAACGGACUUGGAUUAAGCAACGUAAGUUGGAGCGAACCUGGCUUUUACGACAAUUCUAAGACACCUGUACGAGUGGAGCAAACUCAUCGGCCAGGGGAAAACAUAUUUCCUAUUGGAUUAACGAAAGUGGUUUACAAUGCAAUCGACAAGUACGACAAUAAGGCGACUUGCGUGCUAAAUGUCACUAUAAAAGAUGUCUGCGAAGAAGUGACAAACGUACUGCACGGUUACUCAAAGUGUUCCUCGACGUUGGAAAACGGGACGAACGAGUGCACUGUCGCUUGUGAGGAGGGAUUUGGAUUCGCUGUCGAAGAAGAGCCAAAUGUUCAUAUCGUGGAAGAUAUAUUGCUGCUGAAAUGCAAUGGAAAUUCUUCAAAUUGGACCGAGGACAAUUACAUACCAGAUUGUUCGGAAUCGACAUUUCCAAAAAGCGUGUCCCAAGAAGGAAGCAUCGUAUUAGAGGGAAAUGGAACGGACGUGUGUGAUAAUGAAACCACUCUUCGUGAACUAAGCGAAUAUAUCACUGCCGAUUUAAGAACGACACUGCUCGACAUUUGUGGAAACGAUAUCGAGUGCAAUUUAAUUACGUUCGAUCCCGAAUGCGAGCAAAGCCCUCUGCAAUUGGGCACGGUGUAUUCUAACUCGUUAAGAAAGCGGAGAGAACUUCGUUCUGGCGAUACCUCUGCCAUCGAGUUAUUCGUGAACGAUCAAGUGAGAUGUGCCAGGUUGAAACGACACGCGAAAGUGAACGAUCAGAGUGUGGAUAAAACUAAAGUGAAGAUGAAAAAGAAGAAGGAGAAAAUUGGGAUCAAAUUCAAAUUUUUAGCGAAAAUAAUCGAGGAGAACAUCGAGAAUCCUCGAGAAGGUAUACAAAAAUUGAGACAGAAGAUCGAAUCGUUGUCUCAGUCUGGAAAGUUGAAUUUGUUGAACAACAAGACGAACCAACUGAUCGCUCAACUCGCGUUGAAUUUGCACCUCGUCUUUAAGAAUUUCCAAGAGCUUUGUGAUCCGGGAAGUGUUCUGAAGAAACAUACCUGCGUAAAAUGUCCAUUGGGCACUUUUUUCAAUUCCUCGAUUAAACGAUGCCAGCCUUGCCCCAUUGGAGAGUACGAGGACACAACUGGAUCUUUAAAGUGCAAACGUUGCCCCGAACAUACUUCCACGAGAAAAGUUCAUUCGAAAUUUUCAAGGGAUUGUAUACAUUUGUGCAAGCCGGGAUAUUAUUCGCAGAAGAAACGUCAUCAGAGUACACGUUUCGCUCUCGAACCUUGCCUAACAUGCGACAUUGGAUUUUAUCAGCCGGAAUUUGGACAAACUCAGUGUUUCUCGUGUCCAGCUAAUUCUACUACCAGUAACCGUGGUACCAAAGGUGUAAACGAUUGUCUACUUCUUAACAAUAUCGAGAGAAAUAUGUGCAACGCAAAAUCAUGCUUGAACGAUGGACAAUGUGUAGAAGAAGAAGAUAGCUUUAGCUGCGAAUGCCUUGACUAUUAUGUCGGCUCUAAAUGCGAGUCGUUUCAAAAUCCAUGCGAUUCUUCGCCCUGUUUGAACGAAGGCACAUGCAACAUGCAAAGUUUUGCAAACAGUACAAUUUCUUACGUUUGUACAUGCAAAAAUGGAUAUUCAGGAAGCAACUGUGAGGUAUAUAUCGAUGAAUGUACCAUUAAUCCCUGCCAGAACAAUGGUACUUGUGUAAGUACAGAGAGUGAUUAUACCUGCGAAUGCAAAGACGGUUUCGAAGGGGAAUUUUGCGAGAGUACCAUUAAUCAUUGCGAGCCUUCGCCUUGCAUGGAGGGAUCCACUUGUCGCAAUAUCAACGAAACCUGGCAAUGUUUCUGUAAACCGGGUUUUCUCGGUCGGUAUUGCAAUUUAUUACCUUGUGAUUGGCUACCGUGCAGUGGAAAUUCAUACUGCAUAAAUAUCGAAGAGGAAAAUGCGACAAUAAUGAGUUACAAAUGUGAAUGCAUAGAUGGUUAUACUGGAGCAAAUUGCACGAUAAAAGUAGAUUAUUGUGAGAGCCAGCCGUGUCUGAACAAAGGAAAAUGUCUCAAUAGCGUUUCUAAUUACACGUGCACGUGUCCUGUUCCAUUCACAGGACGCGAUUGCGAGACUGGAAAGUAUAAAUUAUCAUCUGAUUAUGUGAUACACUUUAGUAAAUCAGGAACUACGGAUUAUGUUAGUAUGAAAGGUGCUAUAGACAAUCUGUCACAGUUGACAGCAUGCUUGUGGCUGCAGUCGAAGGACACGUUCAAUUAUGGCACUGUGUUAUCAUACGCGACGCGUUACUACGAUAACGCGUUCACUUUAACCGACUACAAUGGACUCGUAAUAUACGUAAAUGGCCAUAAAGUAGUAACUGAUAUUAAAGUAAACGAUGGUCAUUGGCAUUUCAUCUGUUUUACCUGGGAAGCGGAAAAUGGUUUUUGGAAUAUAUUUAUCGACGGAAUCUUAAGAGACAAUGGCACUCAGUUGGCAAAAAGAAGUACUAUUCAAGGCAAUGGAACUCUCGUAAUUGGACAAGAACAGGAUCGAAUGGGUGGAGGAUUUUCAGAAUCCGAGUCCUUUUUGGGUAAAUUAACUUUAUUAGACAUUUGGAGCACAGUUUUAGCGGGGACAGAUGUGAACCACUUGUUCAGCACAUGCGAAAAAUACCAUGGGGACGUAAUCGCGUGGUCACAGGUGCAGGAGCACGUACACGGUGACACAGUGAUAUUAAGCAGCCCGUUUUGCCAUGGCUGCCCCUUACCUGUUGUACCCUUUAAAGGUAACAUAAAUGUUAGCGAAGAUGCGUCAAAGAUCACUUAUUACUGCGAGAAUGGUUAUGUGGUGCGAUACCACAAUAAAGAAUACCGAUCUUUGAAAGUAAAAUGUCUUAAACAAGGACAAUGGGAAGGAUAUUAUACGCCCGUUUGCACCAGAAGAAGAUGUGGCUUCCCGGGAUAUUUUCCACGAGGUCGUGUACAGGGUAGAUCGUACUUAUUCGGGGAUAAAAUACACUAUUCUUGUCUGCCUGGCUACGAGCUUCGAGGAAAUCCCCGUAGAGUUUGUAACGCUGAUGGAAAAUGGAGCGGAUUACCACCAAUUUGUAUAGGAAAGACAUGCAAGAAUUUACUGGCCCCAGAGCACGGAGAUAUCGAAUACGUGAUAGAAGAAUACGAAAGGGAUGAUCUUUCCAUUCUACAGGUAGGUCAACAAAUUGAAUUCAUGUGCGAACUUGGAUUUCGUUUAAUAGGAGAAAAGUAUCUAACAUGCAUGGAAACAGGGUUAUGGGAUCAUGAAAGACCCACAUGUGUGGCAUAUGGAUGCCCACCGCCAAAACAGAUUGAACAUGGUUAUAUAAUUUCUGCAAGUUCGAAUAAUUUGCAUGAAACUUCCGACACGAAUUUCAGCGUAGAAACGUCCAAUGACACAUCUGAGAAAAGUUACGAUUUUAAUAACGUCGUUGGAUAUUCUUGUUACUCGGGAUAUAAGUUUCGGGGUAAUAAUUUCUUGAAGGAAUUCAAGCUUCAGUGUACCGAAAAUGGUACCUGGAUUGGAUUUGUUCCUGAUUGUAUACCUCUUAAAUGUUCAUGGCCUACCUUCGUGAAUAAUGGCAUGUUACUGUUUAAAACGCAAGACAAUGAUACUAUUGAGCUUUUUGAAAGAAAAUCAUCAUCUAAUGACACAAAUAUAGGAAGCACAUCAGAAGAAAGUGAUUAUGAUUUCAAAGAAAAUCAAGAUCUUGAGAACCAAUUUGUUGCUGGCUCACAUAUUUCAAUAAAAUGUAAUGUAGGAUAUAAAUUAGUAGGUGAUGGUGUCAGAAUUUGUACAGAUAAUGAAGAAUGGUCAUCUCCAUUAUCCUCUUGUGAGCCUCAAGAAUGUUUCAUCUUAAAUCACCCAUUUUUUCAAAUUCUUAAUAAAAAACCAAGUUUGGAUAAUCAUACCACUAUUUGGGGAAAUAAUCAGAAUAAAGAAUUGGAUGGUAAAGAACAGUAUAAUGGCUUUUAUAAGAAUUUAGAAUACUUUGUAGAAGGUCAUACUUAUAAGAAGAAGAUAGUACUUAGCUGUAAAAACAGUGAUGAGAUUAAACUGAACAAUGAAAACAUUCAUAAAUCUGUUUCUAAUUUAACAUGGUUCUGUAAUAAGCAUAGUCAGUGGGAAAUUAUUGACAUACAAUUAAAUAACACCAUAAUGGCAGCCUUAUUUAAUAAUGAAAUAGAUAAUAUUUGUCAAAAAUCAAUGUGUGCUGAAAUCACAGUUCCAGAGCAAAGUUAUAUUGUUGAGAAGAAUUAUUCAAGAUCUAUUAAUAGUACUAUUAUGUUCAAGUGUAACCAAGGCUAUAUUCUUAAAGGCAAUGAAAAGUCUGUUUGUCUUCCAAACAACACUUGGUCUGCAAUUCCUUCUUGUAAACCUGUAACAUGUGGAAAACCACCUAAACUUGCAAAUGCAGUGAUAAAAGAAGACAGUGUUGAAACAGUAAUCUUUACAUUUGGCAAUACAAUUACUUAUGAAUGUAUACCUGGAUAUGUAAUGUUUGGUCAAUCAAAUGUAAAAUGUCUUGCAAAUGGGAAAUGGUCUAGAACAUACAGUAGAUGUUCAAGACUUUCAUGCAAUAAACCAAAACUUCCACCGGGAGCUACUAUUCGUGGUCGCUCCUACUUGUAUCAAGAUCAAUUGAUGUACAUAUGCCCCGGUGGUAAAAAGCAAGGACUAAUUACAUGUAAAGCAGAUGGACAUUGGAGCGAUUCACCGAAAUGUAACGGCUAUUAAUAAAAAGAAGUUAUUAAUGCAACUACACUGACACAUAUGAAUUUAAAA